AUGAGGGGUUUCCACGAUAAGAGACUCAUUGAGACCGCACCCUUCGGUGAAGACGCAGAGACCAUCAGCCAACAGAUCCUUAAUCACAACAAGUUCCACAGUUCAGUCCAGAGAAGCCAGGAAGUGGACAGAGCACGGGAUGAGCUGCUGCAGAGCAGAGAAAAGGCUGGACUCCACUCUCUGGACCAAGAAUGGGACACUUUACAGAAAAUGUCGCAUGCGCGUACGGCUCAGCUGCGAGACUUGCAGAGCAUCAUCGAGGAGAUCUCCAGAGCCAUCAUGUGGGUCAACGACAGAGAGGAAGAGGAGCUGGUGUUCGACUGGGGAGAUAAAAACAUCGACACAUACAUCCCACAAAAACAAGAGAGCUACUCGAAACUGAUGAGUGAUCUGGAAGAGAAAGAGAAAGAGCUGAAUAAACUGAAGGCAAAGGUGGACAACCUCCUGAGGACCCAACACCCAGCAUCUGAUAAGAUACAGGCUUAUAUGGACACACUGCAAACCCAGUGGAGCUGGUUACUGCAGAUCACCAAGUGCAUCCACGUUCACCUGAAGGAGAAUGCUGCUUACAGCCAAUUCUUCAAGGAGGCCAAUGAGACGUACAGCAGACUGCAGAAAGACCACGAGAGCAUCCGAAAGAAGUUCACCUGCGACAAGAACACACCUCUGGAGAAUCUGACAGAAAUGCUCAAAAACCUGGAGAAAGAGAAAGACAGGAUCAUGGAGAGUAAGAGGCAGGUUCAGACGCUGGUCAACAAGUCCAAGAGCAUCGUGUGUCUGAAGCCUCGUAACCCAGAGGAGAAGAGCAGCGGCCCGGUCAUCGUCAAAGCCCUGUGUGACUUCAAACAGGACCAGAAGGGCAUUCUGAAAGGGGACGAAGGAAUCCUGAAAGACAACUCUCAGCGCAGUAAGUGGCACGUGACUGGACCUGGAGGACUGGAAAUGCUCAUCCCAUCAGUAUGUCUGUUCAUCCCACCACCAAACCCUCUGAGCAUCGGUCUGGCACACAAGAACGAGCAGUACUAUGAAGCCAUCAUGUCCAUCUGGAGUCAGCUGUACAUCAACAUCAAGAGUCUGAUCUCCUGGCAGUACUGCAUGAAGGACGUCCAAUACAUCAACUCCCUCACACUCUCAAUGCUGUCACAGAUGCGUCCUGAAGAGUAUCGCAACAUCAUUAAGAACCUGGAGCUCCACUACCAGGAGUUCAUGCGGAACUGUCUCGGCUCUGAGAUGUUUAGCGAUGAAGAAAAGAGAAAGAUGGAGAUGCAGUACGCAGGAGCUCAGUCCCAUUAUGACCGGCUGGUGAUCCAGCUGCCCAACUAUAGUAAGACACGCGCACACCGCAUCCAGUCACAUCAUAUUAUAAUCAGUACACAUGAAUGUAGUGUUACAAGUCAUCUUGGCAUGGAAUAUCAAGCCAGCUUCAGCUCAGGGCUGAAUGUGAGUUUCAUGUCAGAUCUGAGUGCUCUCAGACGCAGGGUGGAGGCGGCGGAGACGGGCUUGAUCCAGCACCUCCACGUGCCUCUGAAGGAGAACGGCGUACAGGAGUGCUCCCAAAGACUCGUGCUGCUGCAGGGUGUGCAUCGUGAUCUGGACUCCAUCCGGGACGAAUACCUGCGUCUGAGGGAGAAGAUUUUGAGAGAGCUAGAAGGAAGCACUAAUGCAGAACAGACCCGCUACCUGCGCUCUGAGCUGGACCACAUCAACCAGAAACUGGGCAGCCUGCAAGGCAUCUCCACUGCAUAUAUCCAGAGGCUCUCUGCUCUUCAGGCUCUGCUCCAGCACCUCCUGCAGGCUGAGGACAUCGUUAAAGUCCAUGAGGCUCGUCUGACAGAAAAAGAGACGACUUCUCUUGAUCUGAACGAAGUGGAAAAGUACCACAUGACUCUCAAGACCAUGAAAGCAGAGCUGGAGCAGAAGAAAGGUGUUUUGAAGGCUAUGGAGACUGAGCUGUCCAAGGCUGUGCACUGGAACAGUCAAAUAGACAAAUCUUUCCACCAGUGUGAUGUUGACCUGUCCAGAUACUCAGAGCUCGUUGGACAGAUGACUGACCGCUGGCGCCGAAUUGUGACUCAGAUUGAUAGCAGGGUAUGGGACCUGGAGAAACAGGAGAAACAGCUGAAUCACUACAAGCAAACCAACUCCAUGAUAAACAAAUGGAUUCAGGAAACACGUCAGCGCCAAGAUGCCCUCCAGAUUACUAAAUUCAACAGUCUGGACAGUUUGAUGGACCAACUGAACCAGCAAAAAGCGCUGUAUUCUGAGAUAAAAGGAAAGAAAGAAAAAGUGGAUGAUGUGGCCAAAGAUGCAGACACGUGCGCUGCCUCCAUAAAGGACUAUGAGCUCCAGCUGGCAUCCUACAGUGCAGGACUGGAGACGCUGCUCAACAUUCCCAUCAAGAGGACUAUGCUGCAGUCUCCAUCCACUGAACUGAGGCAGGAGGCGGCAGAUUUGCAGUCACACUACAUAGAGCUCUUGACACGUUCGAGCGACUACUACAAAUUCCUCGGGGAAAUGAUGAAAAACAUGGAGGAGUUAAAGAUGCGGAACACUAAAAUUGACCUUUUGGAGGAAGAACUAAAACGUCUCAAGGACAACCUCAAAGAUCAAACUCAUAAAAACCAGUCAAUGGAGGAUAGUCUGGCUCGCUAUCGGCUGGAGCUGACUCAAUCUAAAGAAGAGCUUAUUUCUAUGGAGGAGAUCAAGAGAACCCAGGCUAGACAAUGCAGUACUACUCGGGAAAGCCUGGACAGCACCCAGAAUCAGCUGAAGAACUUGCAAGAUGAGGUGUCCCGCCUCACCUUUCUCAUCGAGGAAGAGAAACGCAAACGCAGGCUGGCUGAGGACCGAUACACCACCCAGCAGGAGGAGUAUGAGCUCGCUGUCCGCAAGAGACAGAAAGAACUCGAGGAGCUCAGUUUGUCCAAAAGUCAGUUUGAAAGGGCCAUCAAAGAAAAAGAGCGGGAGAUUGAACGGCUGCAAUUACAGCUGCAGGAUGAGGCCUCCCGGCGCAAUGCAGCAGAAUUAGAGACCUCAAAGGUAAGAACACAGUUAAACCAGGACAUUAAUAGCCUAAAGCAUACUUUUGAAUCUGAGAUCCACAUCACCAAGACCAGUGUGCUCAAGGCAACACAGCAGAAGGAGGAGGAAUCGACAACUCUAAGGUUUCAGCUGGAUAGGUUAAACUCUGAGAAAAGAGACCUGGAAGAGGAACUUAGAAAGCUGCAGCUUUCGUUCUCCCAAGCCGAAGCGGCACGAAGGAAAUCAGAAGAGGACGCUCAUCAGCAGAGGUCAACCGAGGGGAGCAGGUUCAAGAAGGAACUGGAGUCACAGAUUCAGGUCAUAUUACGUCAAAAGGAAGAGACUGAAACAAGACACAGAGUGGAACUGACAGAGGCCAACAGAGCUGGUCAGGAAAAGGCCCGUGAGAUUACCUUGUUGACCCAAAAUCUACAAGACGAGACUAGGCGGAGGAAAGCCUUGGAGGUUGAGAAUCAAAGUCUCAGACAGUCUCAGGCUGAACUACUCUCUAAGCACACUUCAACCAGCGAGACCAUUAACAAGUUAAAGAUCUCUGAGCAAGAGCUUCUCGUUAUAAAGAGAGAGAUGGCGACACAAAAGAACGAAAAGAGCACAUUGGAACAGAAUGGCAUCAGGCUGCAGAGUCGCAUCAGUGAACUGCAGGCAAAGGUGAACGAGUUGCAGGCUGAACUGGAAAAGGAGAAGAGGAGUAAUCAGGAUGAACUCACAAAGAGGAAAAGAAUAGAAACCGAGCUGGAGAGGGUGAAUCAGAUGUGCCGUGAAUACACCACUACCAUCAACACUCUGCGGGUCCAUCGAGAGCAGGAAAGUGCUUCUGGACGCAGGCAUGACCAGGAGCUUCGCAGUUUGAAAGAUGAGUUGGAGAGAAGCCAGAAGGACUACAAAAUCACAGUAGAGAAUCUGAACAGAGUGAAUGGCGAAUUGAAGGCUUUGCAACAGCAGCUUCUGCGGGAACAAGGCCUUGUCCGUGAGGCCAAUCAACGCAACGAUUCCCUCUACAAGACUCUAGAAGACAAGAGUCGAUUGCUAAAUGAGAGCACCAGUGAGAUCGAGAAGUUGCAGAGCCUCACCCAGAAUCUCACCAAAGAGCAUCUGCGGCUAGAGGAGGAACUGAGGACUGUGCGACUAGAGCGAGAUGACGUGAAGAGAAGCCUGAGCACCAUCGAGAGUGAAAGUGCUUCCCGAUUGUCUGCCAUUCAAUUCCAGUUACAAACCAGCAAUAACAGAGCACUGGAACUGCAGGAACUAAUCAAUGAUCUGACUAAAGAGAGAGAAAAUUUAAGGGUGGAAAUUGCCCAAAUCCAAAAGCAGUUCACGGAGACAUCCAUGAUGAUCCAGCGAUCUGAUGCCAACUACAAAGAAAUUGUGCAAGAAAGAGAUAGUCUUCUAGUCAAACUGAAGCUGUCGCAACAAGACAAAGACAAGCAGCAGCGCUCCGAAGAAGAGCUCCGGCGCAUCAAACUCUCCUUGGACUCUGAGAUCAAACAGAAGCAACGUCUCCAGGACGAAAUUGAUAAAAUUACCAAGGAUUUCAAAUACCAAAUGCGGAACACUAAAAUUGACCUUUUGGAGGAAGAACUAAAACGUCUCAAGGACAACCUCAAAGAUCAAACUCAUAAAAACCAGUCAAUGGAGGAUAGUCUGGCUCGCUAUCGGCUGGAGCUGACUCAAUCUAAAGAAGAGCUUAUUUCUAUGGAGGAGAUCAAGAGAACCCAGGCUAGACAAUGCAGUACUACUCGGGAAAGCCUGGACAGCACCCAGAAUCAGCUGAAGAACUUGCAAGAUGAGGUGUCCCGCCUCACCUUUCUCAUCGAGGAAGAGAAACGCAAACGCAGGCUGGCUGAGGACCGAUACACCACCCAGCAGGAGGAGUAUGAGCUCGCUGUCCGCAAGAGACAGAAAGAACUCGAGGAGCUCAGUUUGUCCAAAAGUCAGUUUGAAAGGGCCAUCAAAGAAAAAGAGCGGGAGAUUGAACGGCUGCAAUUACAGCUGCAGGAUGAGGCCUCCCGGCGCAAUGCAGCAGAAUUAGAGACCUCAAAGGUAAGAACACAGUUAAACCAGGACAUUAAUAGCCUAAAGCAUACUUUUGAAUCUGAGAUCCACAUCACCAAGACCAGUGUGCUCAAGGCAACACAGCAGAAGGAGGAGGAAUCGACAACUCUAAGGUUUCAGCUGGAUAGGUUAAACUCUGAGAAAAGAGACCUGGAAGAGGAACUUAGAAAGCUGCAGCUUUCGUUCUCCCAAGCCGAAGCGGCACGAAGGAAAUCAGAAGAGGACGCUCAUCAGCAGAGGUCAACCGAGGGGAGCAGGUUCAAGAAGGAACUGGAGUCACAGAUUCAGGUCAUAUUACGUCAAAAGGAAGAGACUGAAACAAGACACAGAGUGGAACUGACAGAGGCCAACAGAGCUGGUCAGGAAAAGGCCCGCCGUGAAUACACCACUACCAUCAACACUCUGCGGGUCCAUCGAGAGCAGGAAAGUGCUUCUGGACGCAGGCAUGACCAGGAGCUUCGCAGUUUGAAAGAUGAGUUGGAGAGAAGCCAGAAGGACUACAAAAUCACAGUAGAGAAUCUGAACAGAGUGAAUGGCGAAUUGAAGGCUUUGCAACAGCAGCUUCUGCGGGAACAAGGCCUUGUCCGUGAGGCCAAUCAACGCAACGAUUCCCUCUACAAGACUCUAGAAGACAAGAGUCGAUUGCUAAAUGAGAGCACCAGUGAGAUCGAGAAGUUGCAGAGCCUCACCCAGAAUCUCACCAAAGAGCAUCUGCGGCUAGAGGAGGAACUGAGGACUGUGCGACUAGAGCGAGAUGACGUGAAGAGAAGCCUGAGCACCAUCGAGAGUGAAAGUGCUUCCCGAUUGUCUGCCAUUCAAUUCCAGUUACAAACCAGCAAUAACAGAGCACUGGAACUGCAGGAACUAAUCAAUGAUCUGACUAAAGAGAGAGAAAAUUUAAGGGUGGAAAUUGCCCAAAUCCAAAAGCAGUUCACGGAGACAUCCAUGAUGAUCCAGCGAUCUGAUGCUACCUACAAAAAUAUUGUGCAAGAGAGAGACAGUCUUCUAGUCAAAAUGAAGCUGUUGCAACAAGACAAAGACAAGCAACAGCGCUCUGAAGAUGAGCUCCGGCGCAUCAAGCUUUCCUUGGAAUCUGAGAUCAAACAGAAGCAACGUCUCCAGGACGAAAUUGAUAAAAUUACCAAGGAUUUCAAGUACUGGAAAAGCCAAUAUGAGUUAAAGGAGGGGCAGAUCAGACAGAGUGAGGCAGAUAAAGACAAAGUACAGAGAGACAGGACCUCUUUGCAGAGUGAGAUCCAAAGAUUGACUGCUGAGCUGAGGAGUCUGGAAGAACGCUACAAGAGUCGUCUUCAGAGCUCAGACAAGGAGAUCUCAGAGAUCACUAUGAAGAAGGAGUCUUUGGAAAGGGAAUUGAGGAUGUUGCAACAGCGUCCAGUUUUAUCUUGUCGGUGUACACAAACCAGUCAGUCUGUCUCUGAGAGUAGCAGUCAGAAACUGACAGUGAAAGGUCUCCGUGGUGAGGUCUCACUCACAGAGCUUGUAGACUCCAACUUGCUUGAUCAGACAGAUUUGGAUAAAGUAAACCGAGGACAACUAACAGGCAAAGAAAUUGAGGACAGACUCAGAUCGUACCUAGGCGGCUCUGAUUGCAUCGCUGGUAUCUACGAUGAGGCCAAUGGUAGGGUCCUGCCAUUUUACCAGGCCAUGAAAGAAGGUCUACUUCGGCGGGGAACCACCCUGGAGCUCCUGGAAGCCCAGGCUUCCUCUGGUUUCAUAAUCGAUCCAGUCAACAAUGUCUGCAUGACAGUGGAAGAAGCAUGGAGGAGAGCCCUUGUGGGAAAGGAGUUUAAAGACAAACUACUGUCUGCUGAGAAGGCUGUGACAGGAUACAAAGAUCCUGCAACAGGAAAGAUCAUCUCACUCUUUCAAGCUAUUGAGAAAGAGAUCAUAGAGAAGGGUCAUGGGAUUAGACUGCUGGAAGCUCAGAUAGCCAGUGGGGGCAUCAUUGAUCCUAAAGGGAGUCAUCGAAUUGAUGUGGAAGUGGCUUACAGGAAAGGUUACUUCGACCGUGAAAUGAAUGAUAUUUUGACUUAUGAGGGUGAUGACACCAAAGGUUUCUUUGAUCCUAACACCCAUGAAAACCUCACAUAUCUGCAGUUGAAAAAGAGGUGCAUCAAAGAUCCCAAGACUGGGCUUAUCCUUUUGCCUUUGAAGGACAAGAAGACGCCAAAGCACACGACAUCUCAAAAGAACACACUGCGCAAGAGGAGAGUGGUGAUUGUAGACCCUGACACCGGCAAAGAGAUGACCGUACGAGAAGCGUAUCAUCGAGAGUUAAUUGAUUAUGACACGUUCCUGGAGCUUUCGGAACAAGAGUGUGAGUGGGAGGAGAUCACUAUCGAAACAUCUGACGGCAGCAAUCGUUUACUUAUUGUCGAUCGCAAAACUGGAACCCAGUAUGACAUUCAAGAGUCCAUAGAUAGGGGUGUUAUUGAUAGGCAAACCCUGGACAAGUACCGUGCCGGGACUCUGACAAUCCACGAGUUUGCAGGUCUGAUCACAAGUAAAAGCAGUAAUUCUGAGCUUUCCAUCUGCACCAGCAGUCCUGAGGAUGUUGCUUCUUGCAGUAACCCAACACAGAUGGCGCCAUCAUCUCCAACUGUCCGCAAACGUUUUUCUAGCGUAUCCAUUACGUUCUCCCCUCCAUCUGAUAUUUUUGAUGACCAGAGCCCCGUGGGAGCCAUUUUUGAUACUGAGACCCUUGAGAAGAUAACCAUCCCUGCGGCGCAGCGGCGUGGAAUAGUGGACAACAUCACCGCUCAGCGGCUCUUGGAGGCCCAGGUUUGCACAGGAGGGGUUGUCAAUCCUGCUACUGGCCAGAGACUCGCUCUGAAAGAUGCUGUACAGCAAAGCCUUAUCGAUGAAGACAUGUCCAUCAAGCUAAAACCAGCACAGAAGGCUUAUGCCGGUUUUGAGGAUGUGAAGACCAAGAGGAAACUUUCUGCUGCCGAGGCCAUAAAGGAGAAAUGGUUGCCUUACGAGGCAGGGCAGAGGUUUCUGGAGUUCCAGUACCUGACGGGUGGACUUGUAGAGCCAGAAACUGGCCACCGGGUGAGCAUUGAGGAGGCCAUCCGAAGAGGAUGGCUUGAUGGCAAAGGGGCACAGAAGCUGCAGGAUACGAGGAACUACAUUAAGAACCUUACCUGUCCUAAAACCAAACUUAAAAUCUCAUACAAAGAGGCCAUGGAUAACUGCAUGGUGGAGGAGAACAAUGGCAUGAAGAUGCUCCAGGCUACUUCGAUGUCUACCAAAGGUAUAAGCAGCCCCUACAACGUGUCCUCGGGAUCAAACUCUCGUACAGGAUCCAGAGCGGGGUCUCGUACCGGCUCAAGAAGUGGAUCACGCAGAGGCAGUGUUGACUACACCUCUUCGGUGUCUUACAGCUACAUCUCAUCUUAAUAAUACAGUUAAUUGUAAUUACUAUGCUUAGUAUGUACAAUUUACAUUUAAAAAUGAUUUUCUAUUCAUGAGGAUAUAAGUAUGGGUUUGGAAUACAGAAUGGAGAUGAACUACUUUUACUAACGCUGAUCAAUGGUCUUGGGUGAUUAAAAUGUCUUUUAGAUUAUUAAUGUCUUGGAUAAUUGAUUAUUUACACAUGGGGAAUCUUAGAUUUAUCAUGACAUUUAACAGUGUUUUCAUUCGUGCUUAUUUGGUUUAUCCGGUAUAGGAAAUUGUUUUAUAAUAUUUUAUUUUGCAUGUUUUAUUGACAUUUUACAUUGCAUUUAUUCAUUUAGCAGACAUCAUAAGAAAUGUAACAAGCAAUUAAUCACCAACAUUAUCCAUAGUUUAGAAAGCUAGAUUAGGAAACAAGUACUUUUUUAUUUGAAACAUCUACUGACUUAGUAUCAACAUGAAUACAUUCAUACAUACAUGAAUUUCAUUUCAAAGUGAAAAUCUGAUUUUUUUUGUCAGAUUUGCUUUUAAUGAAUGAAUAUUUGAUCUGAUUGUUUAUAUGAAGCAAUUUCAACAAUAAAAACUAUAAAAUUAUUAACUACCA